AUGAUUCCGCGUGCGCAGGUCGCCUUUGAGCCAUUCCCACCAGACGUGGACAUGCAAAAGGAGGUGGAAACGAUCCCUCACUUUGAAUUCGCUCAAUCCAUCCCCUGUGAUUAUCUCAACCGAUUCCCCCGAGAAUCCCUGGACCUUUACAUUCGCACCUGGGUGGUCCAGCUGGGUCGGCCGCUCGUGGUCACGGGCUUUGAUAAACUACUCGACAAGAAGGUCUUUUCGGAGAAAUGGCUGAUGCAAACCUAUGGCAAUCAAACUUACGAUGCCCGGGAUCUGGGAAAGGGUAGCAAUCUUCCCCUCUCGCUGGGCCACUAUCUCAGGAAUAUGAACAAGCUCACCGACCGCAUCAACGACAAAACCUUCAAUCGAUCCAACAUCCAACGAUUAUACCUAAAAGAUAUCGAUUGCCCGAAAGAAUGGCAUCAGUCCUUGGAGCAGUUACUUCCCUCCACCUUCUUCUACCUCAACCACGAUCCUCUCACGGGACAAAAUUCACCAGCCUCCUCAACUCCCGACAUGCCCAAGACUCCCGAUGGACAGACCGUGGCUCGAGCCGGAGAUCUGAUGAGCAGUCUCCCGGAGGCGAUGCGGGCCCAGAAUCUCAUGUGCUAUAUCGGCCAUGAGGGCACGUAUACUCCAGCGCACCAGGAAAUGUGUGCCAGUCUUGGUCAGAAUUUGAUGGUGGAGGCGACGGACGGGUCGGUGGAAAACGGCCAGCCCACGCGACCGGGCUCGUCCAUCUGGCUCAUGACUGAGACCAAGGAUCGUCACAUCGUGUCCGAGUACUGGCUGUCGAUGCUCGGUCAUGAUCUCGACCUGGAAAACCAUUUUGCAUCCCUGCAAGCCUGGAGAAAUGCACCCUUCAAGACAUAUGUGGUCGAACAAAAACCGGGGGAUCUCAUUCUGGUGCCUCCGCUGGCUGCCCAUCAGGUGUGGAAUCGCGGUACGAGGACGAUGAAAGUUGCCUGGAACCGAACCACAGUGGACACGCUCGAGGCUGCGUUUGACGAGGCGCUGAGCCAUGCGCGUAUGAUCUGCCGUGACGAACAAUACAAGAACAAAGCGAUUGUGUAUUACACCCUGGAGCGGUAUUCGGAACUGCUAUGCAAGGCUCCCGCCAAUUCCUCACACCCCGAAAUACAGAUGCUGCGGGAGGAUUUUCGCCGCCUGUUUUACCUCUACUCUGACAUUCUCCUGUCCGAAGGCUUUUCGAAAAACGCACCACCGGCCAAGGAGAUUGACUUUGAAAAGUUCGAGAGCAACAUCACAUGCUCCUACUGCCGAUGCAAUAUCUUCAAUCGAUUCUUGACAUGCCCAUGGUGCGUCGGAGAGGGCAACGAGACGUAUGACAUUUGCAUGGACUGCUAUGUCCUCGGUCGAAGUUGUCAAUGCGUUUCCAAAUUGAAAUGGGUCGAGCAAUUCCCUUGGGAACAACUAACCGGUCGAUACGAGACCUGGCGGCGGCAGAUUGUCGAAUGGACGUCCGGUUCAAAUGCGAAGCAAAGAAAACCUCCGACCUUACUGGUGGCUCGGUCUGAACUUGGACGCAAGUCUCUCGCGGAGAUAUGCCAAGAGCAACUUCGCGCUCGACCAUGGGUCGAUCAUAAGAAUCCACCCGCCGUCACUCGAGUCGCCACCCACAGUGAUGAAGAGGAGGGGGACAAUAGUGAAGCUCGCGCUCGCAAGAAACGCAAAUCCAACGGCAAUAAGCCCGCGCCCGGUAAAGCCCGAUGCCACAUGUGCCGAUCCCAAGAGGAAGUGUGGAAACUGGCAUCGUGCGAAAAGUGCAAGUUACAUUACUGCUAUAGCAGUCUUUUCCGAUCUUUUGACAUGCUUCCACUUGACGCGAUGCAGCGUCCCCACUGGCUGUGCCCCAGAUGUCGCGGCAUAUGCAAUUGUGCCGCCUGCCGCCACGACGAGACCAUGACGCCUUACAAACCUUUUAAUAUUCUCAUGGGCCAUGAUACGCAGAAGAUUGCGGACCCUCGCAGUAUUGAGUCCCUGGUCAAUAUGCGCCUGUCCAAUCUGGCCCUGCUGAAGACCUUUGGAGAUGAUAAUGCCGAAAGAUUGGAACGUUUACAACAUGACGAGACACAGCGAUCGGACGCAUCCCUUGUAGAGCAGGAGAUUCGCUCGGAUUUGGAAGCGUUACAAACGGGGUCCGUUCAUGACAUUCAGGAUGCUGGAGACAUGCCAUUGCCUGCACAGAGAGAACAAGGCAAUGGCACAGAACCUCAUCCGCCUCACACAGGGGAUGGGGCCUUGGAUGCGCAACCUCGGCCACCGGGGGCUAUUCCCAUCGAUCCGGCGCUGGAGCUUGAUGGAUCAUGGAUGGACCUAAGCGGGUUCGGCGAAGACUUUUUUGAACAAGCUGCAAAUGCCAUUGGGUUUGGGUGA